AUGUUCCUUCAGAGGUUCGCUGGGCCAUUGUUGGCGAAGGUGAAGGAGACGACUGGGAUCGUAGGCCUGGAUGUGGUGCCGAACGCAAGGGAAGUGUUGAUCUCACUCUACUCGAAGACCUUGAAAGAGAUCCAAACCGUUCCCGAGGACAAAGGUUACAGGAAGGCUGUGGAGAGCUUCACAAGGCAUCGGCUCAAGGUAUGCCAGGAAGAAGAGGAUUGGGAGCAGAUCGAGAAGCGCAUCGGCUGUGGUCAGGUCGAGGAGCUCAUUGAGGAAGCCCAGGACGAGCUUAAAUUCAUGGCCAAGAUGAUGGGUUCGUAUUAUUCCCUUGCUCUACUUUCGAAUUAA